CCCUGUUCGACCAGUGCCAGUUCGGCGGCCUGGCCAACGAGGCCACCUGCAUGUCGGGCACGCUGCAAGGCCUGGACAGCUUGAACGGCGUGAGGCGUGCAGGGGGCCACGUGCAUGCGCGGUCCGACAGGAAGGAUAGCCUCGGAGAGUUCGACGCCAGCCGUCUGCAAACGUACCCCGGAGCGCUCUGCGACAAGAUAGCCGCCAUGGUCUUUGACACGCUGCAAUGGCUUCGCGCCGAGAACGCCGGGCCCGCCAGUGGACAGCGGCAGCUGGGUUUAUACCUACACGUGGACGACGGCGCGUGCAUGGGCUCGGGCGAACACCCGCGGGCCGCGGACACCCUGAUGGAGCAGCUUGCCGACGAGCUGGAAGCAAUGGGUUUCGUCGCGGACGAUCGCACCCCAGCGGAGGAGCUGACAAAAGUGGUGGGCUACGAGGUGAUCAAGCGGUCGGCCAGCCUGAGGAGGGACUUGGUCGGCAUCCCCUCCGCGGCGUUCAAAUUCCUCGACCUGUUCCCAGAGCGAUGGGCCCGCGCGCGGCUUUCGGUCCGACGCGAGCUGCGGGCCAUGGCCAGGGCCGUCCUCUUCAUGAUCGCCGACGUCGGGGCGCCGCUGGCGAACGCGUUUUUCGCCUCUGACGCCAUGGGGGCCUCGGAGCUCGACAGCGGCGGGUACGUCAUUGUCGCGGGGGACGUCUCCGACAAAGUGAAGUUCGAGUCCGUGGAUGCUGCAGUGCCAGUGGGGUUCACAGUGGCCAAGCUGGACGGCAACUUCGCGGGCUUGAAGGACCCCGAGAAGGACAUCAG